AUGGGGGGCUCAGGGCCGGGGGAGGGGUCUCAGAGCCCUGGAAGGGGACCUGGGGGUGGUCCCAGGGCUCCUGGUGUUUGGGGUGGAUUUUGGGUGGGAUUUGGGGAGUUUUGGGGGGGUUUAGGACCCCCUGACCCCCCCUCAGUGUGCACGCAGCUCCUGGUGUCGCGGCCGGACGAGGAGAACAUCACCAGUUACCUCCAGCUGCUCGAGAAGUGCCUGAGCCACGAGGCGUUCACGGAGACGCAGAAGAAGCGGCUCCAGUCCUGGAAGCAGCAGGUGCUGAAGCUGCUCCGCGCCUUCCCCAAGAAGGGGCCCCUGGACGGCCCCCCCGGAUACCGACCCCCCAAAAGCUGGGCCUUCGGCUCCAACUCCCUCCCCAUA